AUGGCAACUGGAGAUGAUAUGAUCGAGUUCACGAUAAAGAAUAAUAUGGUGUCAAGUGAAGCAAUACGUCGUUUCAAACGAAACAUUCCGAUUCACGAACUAAAAAAUCAACUAGAACUGAUUACAGGCGCCCAAAGUCAAUCGAUGAAAGUUCAUGUUCAUGACGAACGUGGUACAAAAUUAUUUGACAUUGAUGAUGAUUCGCGUACUCUAGGUUCCUAUAAUGUUCAAUCGAAAAUGAUUCUACAAGUUGAAGAAACAAACUUGAAACGUGCGCAUAUGUUUGAUGAUACAGGUGACGUACCGAAAUAUGAAUUAACCAAUGAAGAAUAUGAAUCGAGAAAGAAUACAGCCAGACAAUUCAUGCAAGAACAUAAGAUAGGAAAAUACAAUCCAACAGCUCAAGAGGAACAUACGCGAAAAGAAAAAGAAAAAGAAGCACAUGAACAAGAAGCAGCCAGUAAAAUAAAUAUCAAUGAUCGAUGUGAAGUGUCGGUUAUUUCCCAACCAACAAAACGAGGAACCGUGAUGUUUAAAGGUGAAGUACAUUUUAAGCCGGGAGUUUGGGUUGGAAUCCGAUAUGAUGAACCAUUAGGCAAGAAUAAUGGAUCUGUUGAAGGUAAAAAGUAUUUCGAAUGUCCUGACAAAUACGGAGCAUUUGUUCGGCCAAGCGCAGUUACAGUUGGUGACUUUCCUGAAGUUGAUCUAGAAGAAUUAUAA